UUAUGUAUCUUUGAGCUGCUUAAAGCAGUGCCGACUCAUCACUAAAAAGAUUUCAGCCAAAACUUCGUUUUAUUCUUGUUGAAGGAGAUUCUCGAACUUCAUUUUAUCAUUAAGUGGGAUAUUGUUUCUUUGAAAAUUCUACAAUAUGAUUAUAACUCUGAAAAAUUUACAGCAACAAACUUUUACGGUAGAAAUUGAACCAUCCGCAACGGUAAGGGAGCUUAAGAAACAUAUCGAGACUCAAGAAGGCUUCCCUACCGAACACCAAAAGUUAAUAUAUGCUGGAAAAAUAUUAAUCGAUGACAAACCCCUUACGGAGUAUAGUAUCGAUGAAAAGAAAUUUAUAGUUCUAAUGAUUACAAAACCAAAAGCUGGUAGUGGUUCGGCUGCGAGCGAAGAGCACAAUGUUGAAAGUGACAAUAAGGAAGACACAACUACCAGCUCAGCACCACCACCACCUAGUACAAACCCUAGCGGUCAAACUGUAUCUCAACCAUCGACAAAUGUGCAAGAAUCUACAGUGACAGAGCCAGCAGCUGCUGGAGGACAAGCCGAGAGUGCCUUGCUGAUGGGUGAAGAAUACAAUACAAUGGUAAACAAUAUCAUGGAUAUGGGAUACGAGAGAGAACAAGUUGAACAGGCUUUACGAGCGAGCUUCAACAAUCCAGAUAGGGCGGUUGAAUAUCUUCUGACAGGUAUACCCGCUCAACUAUUUGAGGAUCCAUUGGAGGAUCCUGCAGAAGCGCAAGAACAAAUUCAAGAUCAAGGCCAAGAUCCUUUAGCAUUCUUGCGAAUGCAACCACAGUUUCAACAAAUGCGCCAAGUUAUUCAACAAAAUCCUCAACUUUUAAAUACCGUGCUCCAGCAAAUAGGACAAACUAAUCCUGCCCUUUUACAGCACAUUUCACAGAAUCAGGAAGCAUUUAUACGUAUGCUGAAUGAGCCAGUAGAAACAACUGGUGGUACAGGCGCACGAGUUAUGCCUGUAUCUGCAGCAGCGGUAGCAUCUGCGGCCGCUCCAGGUGGUCUUUCAGGUGGUGGAUCUAGUACACGGGCGGCUGUUGAAAUGAUUCAGUUAACACCGCAAGACAGAGAGGCUAUUGAUAGGUUGACGGCGUUAGGAUUUCCAGAACAUCUAGUUGUACAAGCUUACUUUGCAUGUGAAAAAAAUGAGAAUCUUGCUGCUAACUUUUUGCUAUCUCAAAAUCUCGAUGACUGAAGUUAUACAUAUGUAUGAGUUUGAAAUAUCAAUGGACUGAGAAAGGGUGGGUAAAUUACAUCAUAACCACUUAUUUUCACAGUAAUUACGAUUGCUUUGUUUGUAAAUAUACGUACAUGUUUAGGAUAUUUUAUUCAUUAUAUACAGGAGAAUUGACAUGUAUACCAACAAGCUAAAUUUUAUGUGAUAUAUUCAUCAAUGUAUCAAAAUGGCUGGAAAUGCAACAAAUUUAAAAUUACACACACUGAUAUAAAAUUCUAUUUGUUGUGCUAUAUCCAUGAUGGAUUUCACCUAAAACACAUCAAUAUUGCAGGCUAUAAAAGAAUCAUUUGGAGCUUGUAUUAAUACAUUCAUACUUAUAGAUAACAGUCGUAUGGUAAUGAAUCUUUGCUUCUUCACCGUCUGGAGCAAAUUAAUACUAUUUUUACGUAAGAAAGUCCACGUAACAUUUGUAGUCUGUUAAUAGAAUAUACGUUUAUUUCAUUGUAUUUAUACAUUCAAAACUAAGGGUAGCUAUAGAUCGGUAAAUAACAAUAAAUAAAAGUACACCUUUUGUGCGUGCAUUUAAAUAAAUAAUUGUGCGUAUGCGCGAAAGGUCUAUACAUAUGUAUCUCCAGUUCAUUAAUGUACUUUUGUGCACUUGAUGGACUUUCUAAUGUAAAAACAAUAUAGGUGCAUUCAUAUACGGUCGGAAUUAGUGCUUGUAUAUGCGUGUACAUUCGCGUAUGUAUAAAAAGAGAAAAAAGAAAAAAAAAGAAAGAAAAAAGAAAAGAACAAAAAAAGAAAUAAAAAAAAAA